AUAUAUACGCAGAGAAUAUCGUAUAUUUUGCUUUCUGUUGCAAUUGGAGAAUUCGGGAUUUAAUUAUGAAAAUAAAUAGAAAAUACAUUAAAAUUAUUGCGUUAAUAAAAUUUAAGUCUUAAAGAAAGUUGAAACAAGAUAACAUCUAGUUACUGAAAUAAAAAAAAAUUGUUCUUAAUAAAACAGUAUAUGAGUGGAUGUGUGUGGAUGUAUUAUAUCCUGAGUAAUACGUAGAUAAUGAAAUUUUUCUCGAGUUAAAUAGCUUUUCAAUCGUCGAUUGCAAGAUAACGCAAAUCUGUUUAACUUAGAAUUUGUGAAAUCUUCGAAGAAUAAUUGUAUACUUAAACAGACCUUCAUAGGGAGGGGCAGUGAACUGAAGCGAAAGCGGUUGGCUUCCAACACAUUGCCCGUUUGAGUUUUUUCGACUGACAAGCCCUCGAUAUGGGUCAGCUUAUGGUGAAACUAGCGGAACCGCUACAGCACUGCAGUGACAGUGUGGCGAACAUAUUGGCUAGACGACGCAAGCGAAAGCGAUCCAUAGAUUCACGUUGUUCUUCCGACGAGCUUAAACAUAGCGAAACACAAUCGCCAAAGAAGAAAAAACUACUCACCACCACACAAUACAUUUACCAAGCCCUUUUUAAGGAGCAAAAAAAUUCCGAUAUCGCUGUAAUGGCUCUGGGUAAGGUAUGGAAUCUACACAAGGUGUAUCUCUGCCAGAGUCCAUAUUUCUAUAGUAUGUUUAACGGUUCGUGGAAGGAGUCAUGUCAGGACUUUGUGCAUAUCAAAAUAUUAGAUGACCGCAUUACGUUGGAAGCAUUGGACGCUGUUUUUGGUUCCAUGUACUCUGAUGAGAUAGAAAUCGAUCCGAAGGCUGUGAUUUCGGUAUUGGCCACCGCAACACUUUUCCAUUUAGAUGGCAUAAUUGAUAAAUGCGCGGAAGUGAUGAUUGAAACUAUUAAUACUGAAACUGCCAUUAGUUACUACGAAGCGGCUUGUCUGUAUGGAAGUGUAAAUGUGAAGAAGGCUGCAAUGGUAUGGCUGGAAACCAAUUUGCUAUGCAUUUACCCGAAAGACGAUCAAUUAUUACGACAGAUAAGUGUUGAACUAAUGACAAAGUUAAUAGCCAGCCCAGAUUUGUAUGUAAUGCAGACCGAGUUUUCCUUAUACACACUACUGCGUUCAUGGAUGUAUCUACGUUUGCAUCCUCAAUAUGAUCCUGAAAAUAGUUCUAAUAUAAUGCCAUCAACUGCUGACAGUGAUAGAGAUAGAAGCAACAGUAGCAUUGCUAAUAGCAGCAAUAAUAGUGGCGACAGUCCAACUCUUGGAGAACUCAUUCAAGCGUAUUUUGCGAAUCGCAGAGAAAAGCGUCCAUUCCUGGCGACACCUGAAGGUCAACCGUUUGUUCCUCCAUUUCAAGCGCUACGCACACAGUACUUAACCAAUCAUCACACGGAUUUGAAAAUCGUACUUAAUGAUAAUAUCAUUCCAAAGGAAUGGCUGCACAGCCAUGUACUGAGUCACUGGCACUCAAUUUUGAGAGUCGACCACUUGCCAGAGGAAGGGCCCCAAGAUCUUGAUCCAGAUGUCUUCUAUAAGAAUUGUAUGCGUUGCGGUCGCAUACUGCUGGAGCCCGGCUAUCAGAAAUGGCGUUGGACAGGCUUUAAUUUCGGCUUGGAUCUCGUGUUGGUCGCUGAUUCACGCCUGCUGAGCAUACGGCGCCACCAUCGCAACGAGCAUGAACGCUUGCUCAGCCUUCAAACCAAACGGCAAUUUAUGAUACGUACUUCCGUAACAUCAAUCAAUUCACAGCGACAGCCUACGUUUACACAAAAAACCGACAUUACCUCGCUUAGUUUGGAAAAGAAUCAGGAGGUAACCAUAAUGCUAAUGGAUACAAAAUUGGUGCACCCGCUGCUCAUAUCGGUAAAUCUCCUGGUGGUGUCACCCACGUCCCAACAAUUUAAGCAAAAUAUACUCACCAACGAAGAAAUGGCCAAUGCGGCAGCUCCUAUAUCAGAAAUCGGUGCCAACUGUAACCCUGCCGGUGACGAAGAAUCUUUGCAAAGGCCGAGCACACCAACAAAUGCAACCCCAUCGUCCGAACGAAUGAUGAUGGCAUCUGCAGAUGAUUCGGCGGUAUGUGUUGUACCUCCUUCGCCGCCAAAUGCACUACCUAUGCUGGUAUUGCAACCAACACAUCGAGCUGCCUCCACAACAUCGACAGUCUCGACGGCUUCAUCGGUUAGUUCAGCGUUUUCGGUCGCAUCGGCUGCGUCGUCAUCGGCAUCGGACUUUGUAUAGAGCUUUACGAAAAUUUAAGAACUCUUAGCCAUAUAAGUUAUGGAUACGUUCCAUGAAUUUUGUGAUUAUUCUGUUAAUAAGUUCGUGUUCAUGUUUUGCUUUCGUUUGAAAAUAAUUUUUUUGCACCAAUUUAUCAUGGAUCUGCCAUACAUAAUUCAUAAUACUUAUAUUCGUAUUGUAGGCUUAUAAACUAUGCACUAAAAUCAACACUUUGCACAAGAAAUUAAAAAAAUAUGAAUUUUUACACGGAACUUGCGUUGUUUUACAAACGCAACCGAGUUUGAACAUUUUUAUACUUUCCUUAGGCAUUUGAAUUCGAAUAAGGAUGUGUGUCCAAGUAAAUUAAUGAAGUUAAAUUAAUAGUUAAGCCACCAACUUGAAUAGGCGAUUUUUCGGUGGCAAACGCGUACUUUAGAUAUAUACAUACAUUUUUACUGUAAAUAUAUUUAUAUCUUGAAUUGAAGAAAAUUUAUAUAUAUCUAUAUAAACUUAUUAAUAUGUAAUAUGUACUAACUCGUUUUCUAUUGUACUAUGUACGUACAUGCAUAUAUGUGUACUUACGUUUCGCACAAAUAAUGUAAAAAAACUUUCGUCGAAAAGAAAUGGAAUUCGUGUUUUUUAUAUAAGUUCAUAAAACGGGGUGUCCAAAUUUGAUAUCGCAUAGUCACAUACGAGUCUCGGAUAUUUAAUUAAGGUACGCUUAAAUUGUGAAAAAAUUUCUCAUAAAAAUAAUCACAGAAAACAUGUCGUUCGGAUGCGGCAAAAAAGCAUAGAUCCCUGCAUUUGUGGAACAACGUUGAGAUGCGCGCUAUAAAUUGGAGAAUAAACUCCGCUUUGUAUAUACCAAACUUUCGUGUUAGUUCCAGUGAAAACAGUAAUUUUUUUUGUUGUUAAUCUCUAUCUUGUUUUAUGUUUUAAUCAAUAAAUGCAGCUACUAUUAGUUUUA